CUCCGUGCCGCUUGCUGUCUCGCUUUUUGGUGCGGGUCUUUGAAAAGUCGCGUGCACGAGCUUUAGCCGUUAGCUGCUGGCCGGGAGGAGGCAGAAACUGUGAGUGCAGUGAGCGGACAGUGCAGCAACGAGACGCGCGUGGAGCUCGAGUUUUUAAAACACGUUAGUAUUUCCGUUAGCGAGGCUGAGCUCGUGCUCACUGCCGGCUAACUAACGCUAGCUUUCCUCAUUUACCUCAGCGAGCCAGCUCCACAGCUAACGCUACUCACAAACGGAAGUUUUAUUUCUGAAAAGUACCCAGACGCAUAUAAAUAUAUAUAUAUAUAUAUUUAAAAAAGCCCCGCUAUUAAUACAGCAAAAGGUGAAGAAUAUUUCUGAUGGCCGGCUGUGAAGAACAGGAACGAGAGAGAGAAGAGACAGCUCGGCUCUUUUAACCGUGCCGGCUUAUGAACCGGUGCUGGGAGCUGCUCCGUUCUCUUCCUGCCCUGGUGGGCCGAAGGGCAGGACACAGCACGGGGGUUUGGCUUGGCACCUUGGGUCAGAGACAUGUCAGAGAGCGAGGAUGGUGAUCACCCGCGCUUCUUCGUUGGUGCUGAUGAUGGAGAAGGAGAGGAGCUGCUGGAUCCAGGCCGAGUGCUGGGCUACGACUGCCUCUACGAGCACGUUGAGGAGGAAGACGAGGAUGCGGAUGAGGAAGAGUACGACUCGCCUCCAGAGAGACAGAUAGUGGUGGGAAUCUGUGCCAUGGCCAAGAAGUCCAAGUCGAAGCCGAUGAAGGAAAUCCUGGAACGCCUUUGUCUCUUCAAAUACAUCACGGUGGUCACGUUCGAGGAGGAUGUCAUCCUCAGCGAGCCUGUGGAGAACUGGCCAUUGUGCGACUGUCUUAUCUCAUUCCACUCCAAAGGAUUUCCACUGGACAAAGCUGUAGCUUAUGAAAAGCUCAGGAAUCCGUUUGUGAUCAAUGAUCUGGAUCUGCAGUACUGCAUUCAGGACAGGAGGGAAGUGUAUCAGAUCCUGAAAGCUGAGGGUAUCCAGCUUCCACGCUACGCUGUCCUGAACAGAGACCCAGCCAGACCAGAAGAAUGUAACCUGAUUGAGGGAGAGGACCAUGUGGAGGUAAAUGGUGAAAUUUUCCAGAAGCCAUUUGUGGAGAAGCCAGUGAGUGCUGAGGACCAUAAUGUCUAUAUCUACUACCCCACAUCUGCAGGAGGGGGCAGCCAGAGACUCUUCCGCAAGAUUGGCAGCAGAAGUAGUGUCUAUUCCCCUGAGAGUAGUGUCCGGAAAACCGGCUCUUACAUAUAUGAAGAGUUUAUGCCUACAGAUGGGACUGACGUUAAGGUGUACACGGUAGGUCCAGACUAUGCCCACGCCGAAGCUCGUAAAUCUCCUGCUCUGGAUGGAAAGGUGGAACGAGACAGUGAAGGAAAAGAGGUGCGCUAUCCUGUCAUCCUCAAUGCAAGAGAGAAACUUAUUGCCUGGAAAGUCUGCCUGGCCUUUAAGCAAACAGUGUGUGGGUUUGACCUGCUUCGUGCUAACGGUCAAUCAUACGUCUGUGACGUGAACGGCUUCAGCUUUGUGAAGAACUCUAUGAAAUAUUAUGAUGACUGUGCAAAAAUUCUGGGGAAUAUUGUCAUGCGAGAGCUAGCUCCUCAGUUCCAGAUUCCAUGGUCCAUCCCUCUGGAAGCAGAAGACAUUCCCAUAGUUCCCACCACGUCCGGAACAAUGAUGGAGCUGAGGUGUGUGAUUGCUGUGAUCCGACAUGGAGACAGAACUCCCAAGCAGAAGAUGAAAAUGGAGGUUCGGCAUCAGAGAUUUUUUGACCUCUUUGAAAAAUACGAGGGGUACAGAAGUGGAAAGCUGAAACUAAAAAAGCCAAAGCAACUUCAGGAAGUUUUAGAUAUCGCCAGACAGCUGUUGGUUGAACUUGGGCAGAAUAAUGAUACGGAAAUUGAAGAAAGCAAAGCCAAACUUGAGCAGCUGAAAACAGUCCUUGAGAUGUAUGGCCAUUUUUCAGGUAUUAAUCGCAAGGUCCAAUUAACAUAUCUCCCUCACGGCUGCCCAAAAACAUCUAGUGAAGAGGAAGACGUGCGGAGGGAUGACCCAUCCUUACUGCUGGUGCUGAAAUGGGGUGGGGAGUUGACUCCAGCAGGCAGGGUACAGGCAGAGGAACUGGGUCGAGCAUUUAGGUGCAUGUACCCUGGAGGACAAGGCGACUACGCAGGUUUUCCUGGCUGUGGCCUGUUGCGUCUGCACAGCACAUAUCGACAUGAUCUGAAGAUCUACGCGUCUGAUGAGGGCCGGGUUCAGAUGACGGCAGCCGCUUUUGCCAAGGGUCUCUUGGCACUGGAGGGUGAGCUGACCCCUAUCCUGGUGCAGAUGGUGAAGAGUGCCAACAUGAAUGGUUUGCUGGACAGCGACAGCGACUCUUUGAACAGCUGUCAACAGCGAGUUAAAGCUCGACUUCACGAGAUCCUGCAGAAGGACAGAGACUUCAGCUUUGAAGACUAUGAAAAGCUGGCUCCCACUACGAGUACCUCACUAGUGAAGUCCAUGCAGAUGAUCAAGAACCCAGUGAAGACGUGCGAUAAAGUUUAUUCCCUCAUCCAAAACCUAACACUGCAGAUUAGACAGAGGAUGGAGGACCCCAAGUCAGCAGACAUCCAGCUGUACCAUAGCGAGACUCUGGAGCUGAUGCUCCGUCGCUGGUCCAAACUGGAGAAGGAUUUCAAGAUGAAAAACGGACGCUACAACAUCAGUAAGAUCCCUGACAUCUACGACUGCAUCAAAUACGAUGUGCAGCACAACAGCUCACUUAAGCUGGAUAACACCAUGGAGAUCUAUAGGCUCUCUAAAGCUCUGGCUGAUAUCGUCAUUCCGCAGGAAUAUGGCAUAUCUCAAGCUGAGAAGCUGGACAUUGCCAAAGGCUAUUGCACACCACUGAUUCGCAAAAUCCGCUCCGACCUCCAGAGAACACAGGAUGAUGACACGGUCAACAAACUUCACCCAGUUUAUUCCAGAGGAGUCAUGUCUCCGGAGCGUCAUGUCCGCACCAGGCUCUACUUCACUAGUGAGAGUCACGUGCACUCUCUCCUCUCCACCCUACGAUAUGGAGCUCUCUGUGAUGAGACCAAAGAUGAGCAGUGGAAGAGGGCCAUGGACUACAUGAAAGUGGUCAGUGAGCUGAAUUACAUGACCCAGAUUGUGAUCAUGCUGUAUGAGGAUCCCAAUAAGGAUCCAUCUUCAGAGGAGCGUUUUCAUGUGGAGCUGCAUUUCAGUCCAGGAGCAAAAGGCUGCGAGGAGGACAAAAACCUGCCAUCGGGAUUUGGCUACAGACCAGCAUCUAGAGAGAAUGAAGGCUCCAAAAAGAAGUUGCAGAACGACAGCGACGAAGAGUCGAGUAAUUUAAAGCGGGAUGAGCCAGAUCGAGCCCUUGUCAUGUUCCGACCCAUGGUUUCCGACCCCAUCUACAUUCACAGGAAGUCCCCUCUUCCACGCUCCAAAAAGAUCGGCUCUGUAGAAGAAGAAAGCCCCCUGAGUGUGUCUAGCCCUGAGUCUAUUGGUACCUGGAUACAUUACACCUGUGGUGUUGGUACUGGGCGUCGAAGACGCAGAUCAGGGGACCAAAUAACUUCCUCCCCUGUCUCCCCCAAAUCACUGGCUUUCACAUCCAGUAUUUUUGGCUCAUGGCAACAGGUUCUUUCGGAGAACAACAGUCAUACAAGACCAAGCCGACUUCACUCGGAUCAGAAGCUCACCACUGGAAUAGGGUCUCAUUGUGCUGGCCUGUUUAGCACCAUGGUGCUGGGAGGCUCCUCCAGCGCCCCUAACCUACAAGAUUAUGCUCGCACACACCGUAAAAAGCUGACCUCUUCUGCCUUCUUAGAUGGCUUUGAGUUAUACUCCAUGGUUCCUUCCAUCUGCCCGCUGGAGACCCUCCACAAUUCACUGUCUCUUAAACAAGUCGAUGACUUCCUCGCCUCGAUUGCCACCUCCCAUGAUUCCUUGCUGGAAUUGUCUACGUGCUCACCAGCUGUUCAAGGGAAGAAAGCUCCUUUAAACACGUACACUCCUGCGAAGGUUUUACCGUGUCCUUUCACUCAGGCUGCAUUAAAGAAGUCACCAGAGCGCACUUCAUCAGCCAGCAGAAGCUCUCCUUCCAGAGUCGCCCGAUCGAGCAGAGCUGGUGCCGAACAGCGCGGUGCCAUUGGAGACGGAGCAUUACAGCAGAGGUCACCUCUGCGAUGUACAGAGAGCAACACACCUGCUAAGCCCAACACUGCAGAACACACUGCCGUUAGCAUCCUGGUCUCCUCUCCACCAACAUCCUGUAAAGCCCAGCUCCACCCAAGCUACCAGGAAACCCAGGAGGACAGUAUAUCCACUCACACUCGGACCUGGACAGGAUGCUGUAGAGUCUCAUCCCAACUCACACGUCCACACCCAAAUGUCACUAAAGCACAUCAGGUAUCGUCCAGUGACAGCCAUGUUCAUAUCACACCAAAACAAACCAACGCAGACGAAACUCCGAGUGGAGCUGAAGCUGUACACAAGCUCACCAAGCAGACUACUCAAGAGGAGCAACAUGAAGGCAAAAUGCAGCCAUGUUCUCCAACACUAGUCAUGCAAAACUCAUCAGCAACUGCGUUAAAAGACCACAAAGCCAUGCUUGAUUCCACGACACUGACCAAACCUUGAACUUCACUGAAACAGUGAUGAUCAGAUCGCACAGUUCCAAUAAACUACCACAUAGUGAUUCCUGUCUGAAAGAAAUCACAGUUUAACAGUAGUAUAGCGGUAGUACAAUCUGUGAACUAUUAAACAUACUCGUCUUAUCAAUACUAUCGCAGGCAUGUAAUAUCCAUACGAACGCAGACGUGUAAUAUCAAUACUAACAGACGUAAUAUUAACGUAUCCUGUGAGCAUGAGUGUACACUCAUGAAUUUAUUUCUCAAAUUAUGUAUAUUUGAAUGUAAACCAGAUGUAUACAGUCAUAUUGGCUCCAUUUCAUCGUAGUCUAUUUUAAUUAAUUCUGGUCAUGUAAAUAAGCAGCACCUUUUAGAUAUUAUCAAGAUCCAAAGUAAAACAUCAUGAAACUAAAAGCUCUAUUUUUCACAUAUCUUUGAUCGCUUACCACAAAUGUGUAUUGUAUUUUUCCUUCUCAUUUCGCUGCAGAUGAGAUGUCUGCCUCACGGUCAUAUUUGGGAAAGAUAUUCUUCAUCAGUUUAUUCCAUCCUACCCAAACAUGAUUGUGUAUAUACCCGUAUAAAUGUAUGUAUAUUGGGAAUAAACCUCAGUGGAACCCCUGUUAUAUGUGACAUGUAUGUUUUGUUAACGUUCUGAUAAUUAUAUAUUAUAGAAAUACAGGGUUUUUCAAAAAAAAAUUAUAUUAUUUGAAAUGUAAAUAUCCCAGAAACUACAUAGUCUAGGCAUAUGAAACUGAUCAUGCUUAUUGUUGUUGAGCAAUAUAAGAUUUAUUCCUCAAAAUUUGAAUGAGAAAUUCAAAGGUAUGUGGAUUCCAUGAAUGAUUUCACAAAUUUUCGACUGUCUUUGAGCACACUCUAACACACAAAGCGCCUUUUCCACCGAAUGGCAUUUCUGUACCUAAAAAGAUAAAAACAAAAAACAUUAAACAUAAAAUUUUGACCCGUUUCCACACAUGCUGUUAAAAUUCGAGGUCAAUUGAACGAGAAUUGGCAAAGUUAUUAGAUUGUGAAAUGAUCUCAAAUUUUUUGAAA